AAAGAAAAAAUAAACUCAACUCUACUCACCCAUUGACCCAGCCUCGCCGCCCGCAGCUACGCCAACCACGGCAGCCACCUCAACCUCGCAGUCCCGUCGCAUGUACAGACAUCGAGUGUGGAAGCUUGGCGCCAUCGCAAGAGCUUGAAAUCGUCUCCUCUGUUCGAGAGCGCUCUCUCUAUGUUCACCGUGCCCCGUCACCGUCACCGUAAUCGUCACUAUCAAAAACUUCUUUGUACUUCCCUCGUCGCCUAACAUCUCUGUUCAUUUGGCCUCAUCAGUUUGUGCUUGAAAAAGGUGCUUCUUAUGAUCCUCUUAAGCCUAAUGAUCAAAGAUGGGGUGUUGUCCGAUGUGUCGAUGCAUUAGAGCAUACUGUUAAGGUACAAUGGAAAGUUGUUUCCAUUUCCAAUGAAGAUAAUUUUGCUGGAGACAAAACGGAAGAAACUGUGAGCACCUACAAACUUGUAGAGCACCCAUACUACUCCUUUUGUUUUGGUGAUAUUGUGUUUGCGGCUCAAAAAUAGCUUGGGGACCAAGCUGGUAAAAAUAAUGGCAAGCCAGUAACUGACUUGAAGGCGGAAGCUUCUCUUGAAGAUGGGAACCAAGUUCAUUGUGUAGAUGAGUUCCCUGAUAAUCCUUUCAUGUGCUGUGUUGGGAAUGUUACUGGUUCGAAGAUGGUAACAUGGAGGUGAAUUGGGCUAAUGGUAUCACAACCAAGGUUGCACCUUAUAAAGUUUUUCGAAUUGAAAAACAUGAAGGUUCAUCUGUUAUCUCCAUUCCUCAGGAAACUAAUGUUGAUGAGUUACCUCAAGAGAUGAUUGAACACAGAAGUCUACCCUCUGACAAGAAGGAAAAGGACUUGUUAAAUAGUGAUGGUGUUAGAGAAAAUUGUGAAAAGCAAUUUGGGGAGUGUAGUUCCUUUUCCCUUCCUCGAGCCGCCUUUGAACUUUUCUCCAGCAUUAAAGCCAGCAUAUUCCAGACACUUGGUGCAACACCCCUUUCAGGAGCAGUUUCCUCAGUACCCACAUAUGAAGAAGAGAAUCGAUCUGAUUUUCCUAAUAAAGAUUUGAAAACUUGUAACCAAUGCACUCACUCACAUCAAGUGGAUAAGUUGCAAUUUAUUGAAGAAAUAACUCCAAAUCCAGAAGUUGUCAAGACUCAUGAACAUAAUAAUUUUCUAUUUUUAGUCUACAGGAGUUUUGUAAACCCCUUUUAAACAAUUUUUAAUCUUCUGUAAAUAGCCGCCUCUUUCAAUUUUUCCCAAAAUUUGGCGCAAAAGGAAAACCUAAACCCGCCCAAACCAAAACAUUCUUCUAAAUCCUUCCCUAAUUCCAUCGUCUAUGCUUCUCACCAGAAUCUCUAUUUUGCUGAGC